AGACUUGGUGUCCAGUACGCGGUGGGGUCUAUUGCCAUAUUCCACAUAUAUAAAGUAGAACUUCGUGGUCGAAACUAUAUCACUUCAUUCAAUUCAGUGUUCUGUGACUAAGUGGAUAGAUUAUUUACCACUCAAAAUGACCUCCAUGAGAAUCAUCUUCGCUUUCUUGGCUGUUGUCUUAGCUGUUGCUACUGCUGCUCCAGGAUGGGGACACAAACAUGAGCAUGUUGUCAUUCAUGUACCCUACAAAGUACAUCACGUUCAUCAUCAUCAUGUUAAGGAAGUCCACGUCCCAGUAGUCAAGAAGGUCAUCAUCGAGAAACCUCAUUACGAGCACAUCGAACAUCAUCAUGGAGGAUGGUGGUAAAUAGUCCACUAGUGGAUUGAAUCCAAGUACCUGCCUUUAGUCACAGUAAUUCAUGCUACAGCUGUCCCAUGGACAUGGCGGAAAGUUCAAAACAGUACUUCACUUAGUAGGAGUUUUGUAGUUCCGUUGUAGUUUCAUAAAAAAAAUGUUUGUACAUAUACUUCUCAUGCUAGUUGAUUCAUGUAAAUAAAUAACAUCAU